AUGGCAACCUCUUCGACCAAGGUCGUAGAACUUGGCUUUGCCGAGCCACCAGAAAAUCCCCUCACUGCAGAUAAUUUUCCGAAUAAGAUUGGGGGAAAACCGGCAUGGUUGAAUCCGGCUUAUGUUUUAACGGCUGAAAAUGUUCUUUGUGGUAUUUGUAAAAAGCCCAUGGUACUUUUGGUUCAG